ACAGAAUUGAGCACAGUUUGACAGCUAUCUAGGUAGGUUAUAUUUACGUCGGGACCUUUCGGCUGUUGCCAUGGUCACCGCUGUGUGGGGUCCCCACUUUCUUCUCUAAUUUAAGAAUGAUUUUAUUCUUAUAUUACUUUGGGACCUCCUUUUUUGAGUCUAAUGCUGACUCAUUUCUUUUUCGUCUUAUUUCUCCUUAUCUCUGUCUAAAAUAAUGCUAUAUGUUUCAUAUUCCGAGCUAAUUUGGAGAAAUUAAUUUAUUUGUUUAUAAUUAUUUGUGUAUUUCUCAUAAAACUAAUGUCCAUGUCUGAGAUAUUAUAUUACAAAAGAGGCAGUGAAAGUGUGUUGUUGAUAUUGAUUCUCUUAUCCCAUAAUUCAUCCUCUGUUCUCUCAAAAUGGAUCAAGAUUAUUAAUCACCCAUGACAUCAGAAUCAGAACCUACUGUAGGAAGUAUACAGUCUUGAACCAUGGUGAAGAAGGUUUUUCAUUUUAAAAAUCAGGAUUAUAGUGAGUUGAAAAAACAUCAUUUGGAAUUAGGAACACUUUUUUCAGAUCCAAUAUUUCCAGCUGUUGAUGCCAUCCUUGGCACAUCAAAUAUUCCUGAUAAUGUAGUAUGGAAAAGACCAGGGGAUAUUUGCGAAGACCCUAAAUUGUUUGUUAAUGAUACACUACGCCAGUGUCACUUGGUGAGGCCUGGAGAAUUUAGCUGUAAUUGGAUGGUUUCAGCUUGUGCAAUACUUGGAGGUGUCAGUGAACUCAGAAACAAAGUGAUACCUGAUUAUUGGGAGCAAGAAUGGGGGACAAAAUAUUGUGGGAUAUUUCAUUUCAUGAUAUGGAGAUUUGGUACUUGGAAUGAUGUUGUGAUAGAUGACAUUUUACCUACAGUAAACAAUUGUUUACUUACAACUCAGUCGUGCACGGAAAAUGAAUUCUGGAUGGCUCUUAUUGAAAAAGCUUAUGUGAAAUUGCAUGGUUCUUAUGAAGCAUUAAGAGAACGAGAAUUAGCUGAUGCUCUUGUGGAUUUUACUGGAGGAGUAUCGGAAGUUAUUGAUUUCAGUGUUGAGCGUUAUAGUGAGAUCGAAGACAAAAGAAGCCAACUUUUUGACACCCUUCUUAAGGAAUCAAAUGACCACAGUAUAAUAUGUUUCACCCUCACUACUGACAAUGGAAAUGAAUUGGGUUCUCGAUCCGAAUUAGGGCUUAUAAGAGGUCAUACUUACCACCUUACUGAUAUUAGAAAAACUUAUCUUGCAGAAACAAACCUAAAAAAUCUUUUCAAUGGAAGAGAGAAGUUUGCUAUGAUCCGAUUAAGAGAUCCAAGAGGUGAAGAGAAAAAACCUCCUGGUUCACCAGACAGUGCUGUAAGUGAAGCUGGUUCUUAUGCUUUUACUACUGAAACAUUGUCAAGAUUCCGUUCUCGCAAUAAAGAAUGGAGUAAAGUUAAUGACAAUGAAAGACAGCGGUUGGGACUAUCUUUCAGAGAUUCUUCUGAAUUUUGGAUGCCUCUGGAUGAUGUUGUUUGGGGGUUCAGUGAGUGCACAAUUAUAAGGUUAGUAUCUGAGAAUCCAUUUGCUUUACCUGGACAAAAAUGGAAGGGGUCCUCUGUGCGUGGUCGAUGGGAGACUGGUUCUACCAGUGGAAUGUUUGACAGGUCUGGUGGUGGUGAUACAAGGCAAGAUAGUUUUCUCAGGAAUCCCCAGUAUUUAAUGACAAUAUCGAAGGAAUUAGAAUUAUUGCUGCAGCUUCUUCAAUUUCGAGAUGCAGAUGGAGGAGAUACCCCAUUUGGUCAUAUUAAUCUUCUCAUUGGUUUUCACGUUAUUAGGGUGGAAGAAAAUAGAAAAACUAGAUUACAUAAGAUUUGGGCUCAUACACCCAUUGUUAUAGCAGAGGACCAUAGAAGGAAAAGGGAAGUUACUUUUCGGGGUUGGGUCUACCCCGGAAGAUAUGUCAUCAUACCAACAACCUAUCGUUCAGGAGAUACAUUGUCAUUUAUAUUGAGAGCGUUUUCAAAAAAAGAUCAAGUCCAGAUUCGAGAGUUAAAACUCGAUUCACCUAAAAGCUUCAACUUAUGUUCCUGUGUUUUCCCUGAAUUCCAAUGGGUGACAGUAAUUAUUGUGGAUAGUGCUGAAAUUACUACUAAAUCUUUCACAAAGAUUAACCCUUAUUGCUCAAUACAAUCUGAGGGUAAUAAAACAAAAACAGAUGCAGCUAAAGAUGAUUGGAAUCCUGUUUGGAACAUGUCCUACAUUUUCUAUAGGAAAAAGCCUCAUAAACCUGUAGUUUUAAAGGUGUGGACCCAUAAUACAUUGUUCCCGGAUGCACUGAUUGGAGAGUGUGAACUUCCAGCAGGAGUUACUCACAUUCCUACUCCACUGGAUGCUGUCCUUCUUCAUAAGAUGUCCAAGGAUUCCGAACCAGAACAAGUGGGAACUAUUCACCUCACUGUACUGACAGAAGACAACGUAUUGGCUCUGUAACCUACUUUGUGACUGGCAGAUAUUCAUAUCCUGUUUGUUCUUUCAAUCAGUGCUGUGAGAAUUAUUACAUUCAGGAUGAGGAGAAAGAAUGCUCAUAAUAGGCUUUUUCGAGAAAAUACACUUAGCUUUUAUUAUAAGAGAAAUAUAUUUAAUGUGAUAUAUAUUAUAUAACAUAACUAAUACAAAUAAAUAUUAUUUUAUUUUUGUUUACUCUUAAUGUUCUUACAUUAUUUCCUGUUCAAAUGAAUUAUGGCGUAUUUUCCUGUGAUAUUUUUAUACGUGCUCCUUAGUUGACUGAAUGGCUACCUCUAAUUUCAACAUUAGAUACAUAGAAGUUGUACAACUUAUAUAUACAA